AUUAAUGAGCCAAACUUAAAUUAGAUAAAACUCGACUAAACUUAUUAGCCACCAUAAUGGUGGGUGAAUAAUUGAUGACCCAUGCAUACAAAAGGCACUUUCGAAUUUCGAUUGACUAGAAAAUAAAAGAUAUGCCAACAAGGAGAAAGAAGGGGAUUGACUACGAGGAGGGACAUAGCAGAAAUUAAGAUGGACCAUUCAAAAUGCUCUCUUGGGUAGCCCAAGAUGCAUUCAGAAAACUUAGAUGGAUCUACCAGCAAUUGUAUUUUCUGGGGCGGCCCAACCAUGAUGCCAUCUCGCAGGCCGGACGAAAUGAAUGACGUGCGUGACUUAUGGGCUAUGGGAAACCGCAUUAGCCUUGUGACAAGCAAACAGUUGUAGAUUGUGAUGAAGUUGCAGUCAUAAUCAAUUCAGUUAAUUAUGAUUAAGUCAGGAGCUUCAGUUCUUGAUUCCGCACAACAGAUUCGUUAGCUAGAUGAGUUAGAUGACGAGAUUGACAGACUCUUGUACAUGAAAGGAGAAGAUCUGAUCAUUGGCCACUUUCCUCUCUGUUAUUAAUGUUUCUGCAAGUUCCAAUCUAACAGCUCUCUCUCUCUCUCUCAAUCCUGUUUUCCAACAUCACGUCACAAUUCUACUCCAUGCACAAUUAAUUCCAGCUCUUGUCAUAUGCACAAUUAAUUCCAAGAGUGGGAAAUUAAGUCUCAAGAGGAGGGCACUAUCGUCGUGAGUGAAGCAAUUAAAGAGAGUAACGGUCACUCCAAAUAAGCAGAACGGUUUUUAAAGGCAGUUACUUCUUGUGGGUUGUAGCUAUAAAUACGAGGUGAAGAUAACAAAGAGAGGGUUCGCCAAAACCACACUAAAUAAUACAAUGCCAACUUUUAUCUCUUUAUCUUCUCCUCUACAAAUUUAGCCAUAGACCAUACUAGUAGAUCUGGAACUCUCGAUGGACCUUCAUAGGAGUAGAGUUAAUAUAAUUUAGUUUUGUCUCGUAGUUCAUCAUAAACAUCACACACCCUUAUUUGAAAUUUAUUCAAAGAGACAUAAACCGUGUUUGUUUAAUAGUUUGUUUAAAAGUCAAAGUGCAAAUCGAUUCCGUUCCACUCUAGUUUUCUGGCGAGAAAACAAUAGUGGUGCCUGUAUGCAAUAAAAUAACUGGAACCGUCAUCGUAUCAACGUUGGUGUCGAUGACGAUCCAUGCAUUAGAUUUAGCCCCGUCGACCGUUUCCUAUGUAUGGAAUUUAAGUACAAGUGCCGGAAGGAAGAGUAGGUACUACAUAUAUAAUAUCCACGAAUAGUAAUGAACAAACACAGCACAACACAGCACAGAGCACACCCACCAUUGUACUUUGCAUUGGUAUACUCUGCUUUCAUCCUUUAUUAUAUAUCAAAAGAAGAAGAAAAAAAGAAUUGCACAUGUGGCGGUUGCUUGCCGCCCCACCUCCAGUAUUUAUAACUUAAUCGCUCUUUUCCUCCUUCCACAACAGAACCAGUAUAGUAGCUAGCAGCAACAACGUAAAUCUCUAAGCUAAUAAUGGCGGCUUCUUCUUCUUGGGUGUCGGCAACUUUUCCAGUUCCCAUGAAACAUGGUAAUCAGAGGUCAGGUCGGAUUAACAGUCAAGGUUGGGUCAGGGCGCCGAUCAACCGGAACAGGGGAAAACAGAGCAACAGCAGCAUCAGGUUGCGUGAUUUGUCGGCGGCAGCGGCAAUUAACGAAACUAGUUCGAAUAUUACUAGUAAAAGAUCAUCAUCAUCUUCAUCUUCUUCUUCUUCAUCUUCGUCCAAGGAAGGCAGAUUAGCGAGGAAGGAAACAGAGAGGUUGGCUUACCUGGUGGCUGCCAUGUUGUCCAGCGUUGGCAUCACUUCGAUGGCCGCCAUAGCUGUCUUCUCCAGAUUCUCUUGGCAAUUGGAGGGUGGGGAGUUUCCAGUGGUGGAAAUGUUUGGGACCUUCGCCUUGUCCGUCGGAGCCGCUGUGGGGAUGGAGUUUUGGGCACGGUGGGCACACAGAGCAUUAUGGCACGAUUCUUGGUGGGACAUCCACGAGUCGCAUCACAGGGCCAGAAGAGGAGCAUUCGAGGCGAAUGAUGUGUUUGCAAUAACGAAUGCGGUGCCUGCCAUUGCCUUGCUCUCCUAUGGUUUCUUCAACAAAGGCAUUUUCCCUGGCCUCUGUUUCGGCGCCGGAUUGGGGAUAACGGUGUUUGGGAUGGCGUACAUGUUUGUGCACGAUGGGCUGGUCCAUCGGCGCUUCCCCGUUGGGCCCAUUGCCAACGUCCAUUACCUCCAAACAGUUGCAGCAGCUCACCAGCUUCACCAUGCGGACAAAUUCGAUGGCGUUCCUUAUGGGUUGUUCUUAGGGCCUCAGGAAGUAGCUGAGGUUGGAGGCACGGAUGAGUUGGAGAAGGAAGUCCAAAGAAGAAUUAACCGCUCCAUUUGAUUCAUUUCUUCUCCAUUGAAAUUACACUUUCUAUCUCCCCUUUUCGGUUUUUCCUUCCAUUCAUUCUUUCGUUUACUUUGAGUUAAAUUCUGCUAAAUUUUUACUUUUUUAGGCUUGGUGAUUCGUUCAAUCUCAAUAUAAAGCUAGCCAGAGAAGGAAAUUGUAAAUAGAAGUGUAUUCUUCCUCGCAUCUGGAAGUAUAUGGGGAUUAUAAAUGGGGCUUAGCUAGGAUUCUAGUUUAGUGAGAUACGAAAAAUCUUAUAAUAUUGUAUUCAAUUGUCAAGUAAAUUAUUUUAGAAAUAUUCAAUCAAUUAGUCAUUUAUCAAACCAUUAAUUAUCAGAUUUGUACCUUAUAUUUUGAGUAACUCAUAAUUGAAAAGUGACAUUUCAAUAACUAGCUAAAAUAAAUAGUUCCCAAGCAAAAUCUAAUACACACAAACGUUUGUAAAACACAUUUGACGACAAAGAAAUUGUAUAUUGAUAAGAAAAAAAUUGUUGAACUAAGACCUUUUUAGAUAUAGCUGGAGGUUUUUGUACACAUAUUUAAUAGAAUUAGAAAUUUUUAGAAUUAAGAACUAUAAAAUUAUGGAUUUUCAAUGAUAUAUGACCAAUAUAGUUUAAUUUAUUUGUGUGUUUCAUAAUACUAGGGCAAUUAAAUUCAAUAUGAAUAGAGUCCUGAAUUCUAAAUCUAAAUCUAAAUCUAAAUCUAGUCAAAUUAAACAAGUAUGUACAUACAUAUAACCAUUUUAAUUUAUCAAGUGGGGUACCAGGACUAGGACCCCAUUCCCUUCCACCUCCCUCCGCCACUGGGCACAUGGGGAAGGAUACGAGGAAUCCAAUUCGAAUGCAAUAGAGGUGCAGACCGACCAUUCUCAAUUUGGCAAAGAAAUCCUUUGACAAAUAACUGGCGUACAUAUAGGAUGCUCUGCCAACCCCAAGAGGGUCGGGUGAGAACCGAUGUUGUAAGGGACGGUCCAUUCAGAGAAUAUUUGUAAUUAUAAACGUGAGCGAGAAGAGAGUAUCAGGAGUGGGACAUCUCUAUUUUUUUAAUUGAGUUUUUAAACGUUUUAUAGAAACUGUCGCGAUCAUGAAUAAGAUGCAAUUAAGAACUAAGAAGUGGACUAAAAAUUAAGACCUACUUGUUUUGUUGAUGACCAAUACAAAUAUAUACUUCAAAAUUUUCUCUUUUUCAUAUUAGCACGUAAAAAAAAUCUGGAAUUGGAACGUCAAUGGUGUGUGAGUGGAGAAAUUUUUGCAGGUGGAUACAACAUGUGAAUGUGGGUGUAUGAGCUGGGUUCAUGAUUAAUGACAUGCAACUGUCGAAUGAUUAUCAAAGCAUUACCCAUUUAUAUCACAUGGCCCCUUUCGUUACAGCAGAUUGAUUUUGGUAUAAAACAAACAGAUACACGUGAGGGCUGCAAAUGAGCCGAGCUGCUCGCCAGCGGCUCGACGUUCGACUCGUUAAUAAACGAGCCGAACACUAGCUCACCUUUGUUCAGCUCGUGAAGCUCGCGAGCUAGCUCGACUCGGUGGCUUGUCGAGCUAAACUCGUGAGCUGGCUCGUUUAGAGCUCAUGAUAUGUCUCAACAUGUGGCUAGAGAGCCAACUAAAUUACCAACUUAUGGACGAAUCAAUCCAUAUCUUAUGA